AUGCCAGACGAAUCCCUAGAAGCAUCAUCAACCACCGACUUUGGUAAUGUCCCAGUCGGAUCGGAAACAAUGCUAAUAUCUGAGAAAAACUCUGGAUCCUGUUCUUCAUCCAAUCAAGCAGUACUUCACGAAACGCAACCUCUUAUGCCCGUUCUGAGGCCAUGGCGACGCUAUGAGACAUAUCUAGUUUCCACCACUGGUUGCACCAUUGUUACUCAACUCCGGCAGGUCACGGCAGUGAAGAAGGCGCCUGGUCUUUCUCAGGCCUGUAGUCGCAGCUCAACAGGGAAGAAGAAGCAGCUACUGCUUCAUCUUUUCUCCUGCCAUCCUGUAUUCGACAUCCCAUCAGCCCCUUCCUACUUUGUUUCUGUUCUCCAUCUAGUUCAGGUUGAUUCCAAGUCUUUCAUCCCGGAUCCCGUUUAGAACACCAGUUUCCCGACAUUCCCGAAUCUCAAAAACCAAAGUGAGUUCUAUGGCCCCUAUUUCUUAUUAUCAAUGUUUGGGGGAGAAUACAUGUAGUUCGGUCAUAUUAUUAUGAUAAAAAUAGUUUAAAAAAUUAUGAUUUGGAGUACAAUAACUAUCACUAAGCAUAUGUAAUCAUAAACAUGAAAUGUGGUGAUGAACUAAGAUUGCAUUACAUAUCUCAUAACCAUGAUUAUAACAGCUUACUUUAUGGAUGUAAUCAUACAUAUAUGCUGUGAAAUUUCACUGAGUAUUAAGUUCACAAAAGCUAA